GCAAAUACCAUUCUAAAAAAAAAUUAAAAAAAUCACCCAAUGAACUUCACCAAAAAAAACCCAAAAUUUUCAGUGUAACAUCCAAUAAUUGUAUCAACAAAAUACCCAAAUUGGGAAAUUUCACUGAAAAAUUUAUCAAAAUCAAUUCAGAGUUAAAUGGGUCGCUCUCGUGGGAAUUUUCAAGCUGAUGAAGAUCCCAGCCAAAGAUCAAGGAGGAAAAAGAAUGCCUCAAGUGGAGACAAUUUAGAAACUGUGACCACUGGUCAAGGGACAGCUGAUGGCAAAAGGGCCUUGUAUCACUGCAAUUAUUGCAACAAAGACAUUAGUGGGAGAACUCGUAUAAAAUGUGCUGUAUGUUCCGAUUUUGACCUAUGUAUAGAGUGCUUCUCUGUUGGUGCUGAGGUGCAUCCUCACAAAAGCCAUCACCACUAUAGGGUUAUGGACAUCUUAGCUUUCCCGCUUAUUUGCCCAGACUGGAAUGCUGAUGAAGAGAUGUUGCUUCUUGAGGGAAUUGAGAUGUAUGGCAUGGGUAAUUGGGCUGAAGUAGGUGAGCAUGUAGGAACAAAGACAAAAGAAGCCUGCAUUGACCAUUUUAAGGCCGCAUACUUAGAGUCACCUUACUUUCCUCUACCGGAUAUGACUCACGUCAUGGGGAAAAACAGAAUGGAACUCAUUGCCAUGGCUAAAGGGAAUUUUGCAGAUAAGAAAGGACUCUCUUCACUUGGUGAAGUUGUUCCUAAAGAUGAAUCAUUCUGUCCGUCUCGAAUCAAAGUUGAAGACACUCAUAAAAUUGGUCCAUCAGGACGUUUAACUUCUGUAUCCAAUGCGGGAAUCACAGGCAUAAAAAAGCCAUCCAGCAAAACGCAAAUCAAAGAUCAAAAUGAACCUGUUAAAUUUGAAGAUAAUUCAGGCAGAAAUUUUGGAGGCAAGAAACCGAAAUCUUUAAAGGAUGAUGGAUCCUCAUUGAUGAAAUUAAGUGGAUAUAUUCCCAAGAGGCAAGAAUUUGAUCCUGAAUAUGAUAAUGAUGCAGAGCAACUAUUGGCUGAUAUGGAAUUCAAGGAAACUGAAACUGAAGAGGAGCGCGAACUUAAGUUGCGUGUUCUGCGUAUCUAUUCCAAGAGGCUUGAUGAAAGAAAGCGCCGCAAGGAUUUUAUUCUAGAGAGGAAUUUACUCCAGCCAAGUGAAUUUGAGAAGAAUUUGUCACCAGAAGAGAAAGAUAUAUGCCGACGUUAUGAUGCCAUUAUGCGCUUUCUAUCGAAGGAGGAGCAUGAAGAAUUACUAAAGACUGUGGUCUCAGAACAUAGAUAUCUGAAAAGAAUACAAGAACUCAAGGUGCGAAACUCUGCUCUGUUGUUUAUUAUUGUACCUUUUCUUAUGAAACUAAACGUCGGCUUGUAUAUAGAAGCUCAGUAAAUUUAUAAAAUUAGAACCAUAUGUCAUUUGACUAAUCUAUGACUACAUUAGC